GGCGGGGCGACCGCUGGAGGGUUCCAGAAGCGGCCGGAGGCGGCGGCGGGCCGGGGCCCGGGGGGGGUGGCGGCCGCGUUAUGGUGGACUACAGCGUGUGGGACCACAUCGAGGUCUCGGACGAUGAGGAUGAGACUCAUCCCAACAUCGACACGGCCAGCCUUUUCCGAUGGCGGCACCAGGCUCGAGUGGAGAGGAUGGAGCAAUUCCAGAAGGAAAAAGAAGAGCUGGAUAAAGGAUGCAGGGAAUGCAAACGGAAACUUGCCGAGUGCCAGAAGAAAAUGAAGGAGUUGGAGGUGACGGAUCCGGAGAGCGGGAAGGGGGAGCUGGAGAAGCUCCAGGCCGAAGCCCAGCAGCUGAAGAAUGAAGAGAAAAGCUGGGAGAAUAAAUUGGAGGAGCUGAAGAAGAAGGAGAAGAACAUGCCAUGGAACGUCGACACUCUCAGCAAAGACGGCUUCAGCAAGAGCGUCUUCAACGUCAAACCAGAGGAGAAGGAGGAAACGGAGGAACAGAAAGAGAAGAAACACAAAACCUUUGUGGAGAGAUAUGAGAAGCAGAUCAAACACUUUGGGAUGCUGCGGCGCUGGGACGACAGCCAGAAAUAUCUCUCCGAUAACCCUCACCUCGUUUGCGAGGAGACGGCUAAUUACUUAGUCAUCUGGUGCAUCGAUCUGGAGGUGGAAGAGAAACAUGCCCUGAUGGAGCAGGUCGCCCACCAGACCAUUGUCAUGCAGUUCAUCCUGGAGCUGGCCAAGAGCCUCAAGGUCGAUCCCAGGGCUUGUUUCAGGCAGUUUUUCACCAAAAUUAAGACAGCUGACCAGCAGUACAUGGAGGGUUUCAACGACGAGUUGGAAGCCUUCAAAGAACGGGUGCGAGGUCGAGCCAAGGUUCGUAUCGAGAAGGCGAUGAAGGAAUACGAGGAAGAGGAGCGACAGAAACGCCUGGGCCCCGGCGGGCUCGACCCUGUGGAGGUGUAUGAAUCCCUGCCGCCUGAGCUGCAGAAAUGCUUUGACGUAAAAGACGUCCAGAUGUUGCAGGAUACAAUCAGCAAAAUGGAUCCCACUGAGGCCAAAUACCACAUGCAGCGCUGCAUCGACUCGGGGCUCUGGGUCCCCAAUGCCAAGACAGGGGAGGGAGCUGAGAAAGGAGGCGGCGAAGGCGUUUACGAAGAAAUUAAGAAGGAAAACGGCGAUGAGGAGAAAGGAAAUGCGUGAG